UGUACCUGUAGCAGUGGUAGGGGCAAGACGCUUCCUCGGACUCCGCGCACACCUCCCACGUGAGGACUUGCUCUGUGUCAGCCCUCAUUCGUAGUUUUCUCUCGAAGUUAGGCUUGUAUGUGGAGCCAAUCACUGGACUGCAUCUCCUUUCAGACGUGAAAAGCUAAAGGAGAGUUUUUCUUGUACAUAGUGUGGGAAAAAGUUGCGAGAACUUGCGGUGAAAGAAGAUAAGGUUGCGUUGUAAUCUAAGGCUGCUUUUUUUUUUUGCACUAAGGCGAUCUAUCCCGCUUGAUCCAGUGAGGAAGUUGAUUGCCUUAUUGAUCCCUCUAACAGAAAAAAUGAAAGAAGGAAAAUGCUCUUACACAGUGGAGAAAAGAAUGUUACUUGUAGUAUCUUGUAUUGUCUUGAUUUGAGUGAUUAGCUCUCACGGUUCUCUUCUGCUCGUGUGCAUUUCCAUCAGCCAGCUGCCUCGUUCCUUUACUCUGGCUUGGGAGAGGAGAAAAGGAGAGAGCGAGUGUAAGCCUCAGGAAACGGGAGAUAAAAAUUGAAAACUCGAGACCGUAGUUUUGAGAGUGAACGAGAGAAACUUGUGAGCUGUGUGACCAUUUGCCGAUAGAAACGAGAGAACUACAUCAAUCCAAACUUACCUAAGCCACAUAUAUGCGCCUGCAGACCCCCACCGCUUACUUCUGUUUCCUCGUGAGCUCCUGUCAAUUGUCUCGCUGCAGCCCUGAGCUAUCUGCAGGCGUGAGGAUGUCAUCCCAGGAAACCGUAAAGACAGCAUAAUCAAGGCGUUUCAUUUCCUCCAUCAUACUCCUCCCUCUUCUUCCUCUUUCUCCUUCCUUAACUCUCUCACCAUGGGCCCAAGAUACCACGUCCAGGUCCUCGUCUUCUCCACACUCCUCGUCCUCGCAGCGCCCUCGACCAUAGACUCUUCCGAGACGGUGUGGGUGGUGGUGGCGGCGGGCUGAGCUGCCUUGGCCGCCCGAACCCCAAGAGGUCAGACGACGCCCCAAUGCUGGCUGGCUGUGGUACCGAACCAACAACAGAACACCGAUCUACACGUAUGACACGAGACAAGGGGACUUCAUGAGCGGCCAAAGAUGGAAGGACGAGAAAGUGCUGGGCGACAGGUCUUACUUCAUCGCCUCCUCGGACCCUCCCAGGCUGGUGCUGGAGCCCGUUCACGCCAGCGACCAGGGCGUGUACACCUGCAGGGUGGACUACAGCCUCUCGUCUUCCACCUAUGUCAUCGUUAACCUUACCGUCAUCAUUCCCCCGGGGCCGCCGCAGGUGUUGUGGCAAGGACGGUCUGUGGUCGGUGCUGUGGGUCCGCUCGGGGAUGGGGAGAGAACCCACCUUACUUGCCGCAGCUCAGGGGGACGCCCUUCCCCAGUGCUCACCUGGCUGGAAGGGAGCCGGAGCCUUCCUCUCGUCAGCGUCAACUCCACCCUCGAUCCCGUCAGCGGAACUUUCACGGCGGAGGCGACCAUUUCCAUACUAGCUACGCGGGAGCUUCUGGACGCCUCCUACACCUGCCACGCCUACACGCCCAGACACGCCCGCCUCGAGGGGCCACCAAUCCUCCAGGGCCGUACCACCUCCGUCUCCUUCAACAUCACUUUGCCGCCGCAAAAUGUGAAAAUCUUGGGCUCCCAGUCUGCCGUGACAGAAGGCACGCUGCUCAGGCUGGUGUGUCGCACUUACGGCUCACACCCCCCGGCACGCCUGCAGUGGUUGCGCGGCGACACUCUGCUCCCGGAUGUCACUUACGCUAUUGAAGAUGGAGGAAACAUAACAACAGCGACGAUGAGAGUGUUAGUGAACAGACAACAUGACGGUGCUACCCUCACGUGCACGGCCGCCAACCCUGUGCUCUCCGUCGCACCGAUCACAGACACUACCACACUCACCGUUUACUAUGCUCCUGUGGUGGGCCUGUCGCUGGGUCGAUCCAUGAAGGCAGACCGCAUCAAGGAAGGAGACGACGCCUACUUCGAGUGUAGCAUUGAGGCAAACCCGUCCUUCCACCGCGUUGACUGGCGGCAUAAACGUGAGUCUCCUUCAGCAGUAACUCAUCCUUGUUGUUCUCAUGCUUCCCACAAAUUACUAUAG